AUGUUUUCCGAAGUUAAAUACGUUUUGAAAAAUUACGCCGAAAACACGACAAUUAGGGGAAUACCCCGUUUUGUGAAGGUCAAGGACAGAUUUUUGAAGAUGACGUGGUUGAUGUUUCUGCUGGCAUGUACUUCUACCUUGGUAUUCUUCCUAUGUAGUGCCAUUGAAAAGUUCAACACCUGGCCUGUGAUUACUAAAUAUGGCGAAAUGAAACAUGGAAACAUCAGUUUUCCCGAUGUGACGAUCUGCAAUCUCGAUUCAUUUGCGGCUGGCUACCCUGAGGUUCUUCCGAUUGAAAACUAUCUGGACGUUGUUGGUGCCAAUAAAGUGACUAUUACUCAAUAUUUAAUCCAGGAUCGAAACUUCAGUUAUAAUGCCGCAGAGAGUUUAUUUUCUGAAUUUUAUUCAAUUCCCGGCUACAUUUUGAACCUACCAAAAGACUACGUCAUCAAUUUCGACUGUCCUGCUUUCAUUCUUGAAUGUAACAUCUACUCAAUACAGAGGUUCGACGACGAUAAAAGUUGUCUGAAUAAUUUUAAAAAACGCUGGAACAGAAAUUACUACGCAUGUUACACGCUGCAGGCCAGCAAACUGAAAUCCCUGAAAGACUAUCCUUCAAUCAGAGGAAUAAACCUCCUUUUGAACGUCGGUCCACCAAAUGUUAUACAGAUUCCCUACAAGUAUUCCUUUCCGCUUUCUCAGGCCAGAGGUGUUCGGGUGAGUGUGCACAGCCCUGGCACCCCACCCAACCUCAAAAAGGGUUUCAGUGUGACUCCGGGUACUGAAAAUAUUGUAACCAUUGUGCAAACUGAAAAAACUCGACUUGGAAAGCCAUACAAUGAGAAUGGAUGUGCAAAGGACGAAUACUCUAAAGUCUCACCAAAACAGCGAUACACUCGUGAUUCUUGUGCUGACUUUUGCAAACAGGAAAACAUCUACGAGAAGUGUGGCUGCGUAUCCAACUACUUGGAUGUCCCAUCCAACUACGCCGAAACAGUUGACGCUUGUGGGAACUUCUCACAGAACAUGACGGAGAUUUUAAAACUUGUCAGACUGAACGCUUCAACAGUGAACGAUUUAAUUCUGAAAAACUUUUUCUGUUCGCUGAUGUACUUGGACGAAGACUGCAAGUACAUCUGCUUGAGUCCUUGCAAGGAAAUGAUGUAUGACACGUUCGUAUCGGCAGCGUCCUGGCCUCAGUACAGCGUCCAACUGGAUCUAUUUGAUACCUACAUUCGGCUAAUGAACUGCACAAAAUCACAUCCAAGCGUCAGAGAACGUUACAGGAAUUAUGUAAAAUAUUUUGAAAUGCCCAAUCAGACCAGGAGCUCAAUCGCCGGUUUGAAAUAUAACAUUUCGACGUCUGAACUUACGGAGAUUGAGAAAUCUCUACUGACCAUUAAAUUCUUGAUUAAGGAAAACGUUCCUUUCUAUGAUUCCGAGGAACCCGCUUAUACGUCGGACACCAUGAUUGGCGUCGUUGGGGGCAUACUGUCUCUCUGGUUGGGCAUUUCUACUGCUACUGCCGUAGAAUUAUUCGAAUUAGUUUAUAAAUUAGUGAAAUGUUUCAUUAAAAGUAAAGACAAAGUUGUUUCUGAAACUGCUAAUUCGUCCGUCGAUAAGUAA